AUGCGCGAAGCCAGAGCCAUGGAACACGUGCGCCAGCUCACCACCAUUCCUAUUCCUCGUGUCCACUGGGCUUUUGUGCGCGACAGCAGGUGUUACAUCGUUAUGGAUAGAGUCAAGGGUCAAACUCUUCGCGUCUCCAAGAUUUCUGACCCAGCGACCCUCCGUAAUAUUGCUCAGUCAAUCAACUCCUACCAGCGCCAGCUGGAAACUCUUGGCACUUCACGCCAAUCCCUGGGGUCUUGGCCAGAGGGCCCUUAUCGAAAUUCAUAUUUCAAGCCUGCGCUCCAGGAAACCAUGCUGGGAAUAGAGGAGCCAGGUGAUUUUCAGUCAGUUGUGGACUUUCACAACUAUUGGCACGUUCGUUUAGGUCAUGGUGCGGUGCUGCUGCCUCCCGAAGAUAGCCUGAACGGCCCCGCGGCGGAUAUAGUGCUGAUGCACGCCGAUCUCAAUGACCAAAAUAUAAUGGUUGAUAACGGAAUCAUUACCGCCAUUUUGGAUUGGGAGACAUUUGGGUGGUACCCGCGCUUCUGGGAUAGUCUCUUAUUGCGCUCGGGGGCCGUAUGGUCACGGCCUUGGUCUGAGGUCAUUUUUUUUGUGUGGGGCGAGAUGGUGGAGCCAGAAAGAAGCUACUCCGCGGCAUUGGGCCGGUUCUGGUCCAUGGGAUGA